UGCUUCACUGAAAAACAGAGAGAAUCAGAAAAAAAACUAUCAAAGCAAAACUUGAUUUAUUUUUCUUCUCUGCAUUUUUCGUUUGAAAAGAAUUAGAAAGUGAAAAAGUGUUAUGGCGUCGACAAAAGAAUUCAAGCAAGAGCGAGCUGAGGCAGCUGCGAAACUCGCCGCGAAGGAUCUCGAUGACAUUAACAGAGAAAGAGAGUUGGAAAAAGGCUAUAAUAAGCUGGACACUUACCAGCAAGAGAACGUCCAAGAAGAACAGAAGCCCGGUGUUAUCGGGUCGGUGUUGAGGGCGGUUCAUGGAACAUAUGAACAUGCUAAAGAAGCUGUUGUCGGAAAAAGCCAUGACGCCGCGGAGACGGCAAGAGAAGCAGCCGAUGAUGCAGCAGAGAAAGGAAGGGAGGUUAGAGACAUUUCGGAGGAGAAAACUCGAGGAGCUUAUGAUUCAUCUUCUGGGAAGGCAAAGGAGUACAAGGAUUAUACAACGGAGAAAGCAAAAGAGACUACAGACGAAGCCACGAAGAAGAUGGAAGAGUAUAAGAAUUCAGCAGCAGAGAGAGCCAAAGAAGCUACUGAGGCAGCGAAAGGGAAGAUGGGAGAGUAUGCAGAGAAGGCAAAAGAGACCAAGGAUGAGACCAAAGGGAAGUUGGGAGAGUAUACUGAUUAUGCAGCGCAAAAGGCAAAAGGGACCAAGGAUUCAACGACAGGGAAGUUGGGAGAGUAUACCGAUAAUGCAGCGCAAAAGGCAAAGGAGAGCAAAGACUCGGCAGCUGAGAAAACCAAGGAGUACAAGGAUUAUACGGCUGAGAAGGCUAAGGCGACGAAGGAUUCAGCAUUGGGAAAAGCGGGAGAGUACAAGGACUAUACGGCCGAAAAGGCAAAAGGUAUGAAGGAUUAUGCGGCUGACAAAGCAGAGCAGGGGAAGGAGAAACUUGGUGAAUAUAAAGACUCUGCGGCACAGAAAUCCAAGGAGACCAAGGAUUCUGCAAUGGGGAAGGCAGGAGAGUAUAGAGAUUAUGCAGCCGAGAAGGCUAGAGAGACGAAAGACUACGCAGCUCAGAAAGCUGAGCAAGGAAGGGAGAAAGCCAAGGAAACGGCCGGCUAUGCAGCUGAUAAAGCCAAAGAAACGGCUGGUUAUGCAGCCGAGAAGGCUAAGCAGGGAAAGGACGCUACGGUGGAAAAGGCUAAAGAGACGACAAACUAUACAGCUGAGAAAGCCAAUGAAGGGAAAGAUACUACUGUUAGCAAGAUCGGUGAGCUUAAGGACUCUGCUACUGGUGCUGCUCGAAGAGCUAUGGACUUCUUAACUGGUAAAAAAGAGGAAGCCAAGCAAGAGACUGCCGGGACUGGUGAAGCAGCUAAGGAGAAACUGAGCGAAGCAGAGGAGGCAGCGAGACAGAAGAUGGAACAGUUGAAGAUGCAAACCAAAGACGAGGAAUACCGGAAGGCCCAUCAGCAUGGUGGUUCAGGAACAGGAACAGGAACAGGACGACAAGAGAAAAUUGUGAUCGACGUCGAAGAGACCAUCCCUGGGUACGUGGCAACUACUCUGAAAGCGGCUGACCAGAUGUCCGGUCAAACUUUCAACGAUGUGGGACAAAUUGAUCGUGAGGGCCAUGUUAGACUUGACCGCGACGACCGCCACGGCAAAAUGUGAUCACGAUUAUGCUAUUUUACAGACUUUUCUGGGUUUCAAUUUCUCUAUUUUUAUAUCUCCGCCUGGUUUUAAAUACUGUUUUUGGAUUGUAUAGAUGGCUUCUAUUUCGUCAUGGUGUUUGCACUAAACUUUUCUUUUUUUUUUUUUUUUUUAUUUGGUGUAUGUUUGGAAUAUAUGCUUCUACAACUAUAUUUUAUUUAAUUUAAUUUCAAAGCAUAAUCAAAAACUUAAUGAUUUGGAUUA